AUGGCCAAACAAACUUUCGCCAGAGUUCUCGUUUCCCCGAGGGUUCGCCCACGAACAGUUCUCUUUCUAGUUUUCGCCGUCAUCUUGAUUCACUUCUAUGUCAAAGGGUCAAGCUCAUUUGGUGGCCAGCCCGGGUUCUGGCAUCACGCCACCCCCAAUCAGCCGCCUGAGAAGCAGGCCGAUGAGCAGAUUGCCGUACCAGCAGCGCAGUCGACUCCGCAUGUCGAAAAUUCCCUCGCAAUCUGGCACCCUCCCAAGGCACAUAAGGAAGACACACAGCGAAAGGGUGAGGAAGAACUGGAACAGGAGGAAGCAGCCUCGAAGAAGGAGGCAGAAGCCCUGAAGCAGGAGCAAGAAGCCUUGAAACAGGAGGAAGAAUCACUAAAGCAUGAGGCGGAAGCUCUAAAACAGACCGAAGAGCAGCGGAAGCAACAGGAGGAUGCGUUGAAGCACAAGGAGGAGGAGCAUGAACAGAAGCUGCGAGACGACUUCGCGAGGGAGUACGAAGCAGCCAGGAAACUCCCGGGCAGCGGUGCGAUUUAUGGCAACACCAUCAAGACCUUGACGGAGACGGCCGCGAGAAAAAGUGCGCAAGAGGCCCGCCUCCGAGCGUCGAGCGAUGAAGAAAAGCCAUGGGCAAACCACCGACCUGUUCAUUUCAACCCGUACCCUGACUAUAAUGGCGAGGGCUGGAAACAGGCUGGACGCGCCAAGUAUGUGCCAUGCGUAGGUGCUACCGGUGAACCGGUGGAAGAUGUCCUCGUCUUUAAAGGCCGGCCUGCCAGAUUCCCCAAGCCGCUCUUCGGCAGCUUCGACGUUUUCGAGAUGGACGGAAACCUCUGCUAUGAACGCGAGACGAGGCUGGGCCCUUACGGUUACGUACCGCAGCUCAAAGCGAACAGCUAUCCCGUCGACUGGGAUUACGUCGACUGGGGUAGCCUUCAGGAGAAAUGCGUCAAGCAAAACGCCGCCCGGUUCGGUCCGGGGAAGCCGAACAGAUUCAUCGACACUGCAUACAGCAACGACGGAAAGAAAGUCGGAAGACGGACCGGGGGGCAGGAAGAGAAAAGCACACCUGGGCCAGAGGCUACAGGAUCGCCGGCGACCGAGUCUCGGACCGCCGUCCUCCUACGGACGUUUACAGGCAAAAGAUACACCGAAAACGACAAACAGGCCAUCAGGUCUCUGAUCUCCGAACUUUCGCUUCGGUCCGGCGGAGAGUACCAGGUCUUCCUCCUCCUGCACGUCCACGACCGGUCGGUCAACCUCCAAGGCGACAAGGCGGCAUACCAGCACGUUCUCGACGAACACGUGCCGCUCGAAUUCCACGGCAUCACAAAGCUUUGGAACGACCAGAUGGUGUGGGACAUUUACACGGCGCUGACCGAAGACGAUGAAAAAAGCGUCCACCACGCGCAGUGGUUGUCGGUCCAAAAGUUCAGCAUGGACCAUCCCGAAUUCGAUUACAUCUGGAACUGGGAGAUGGACGUCCGCGUCGUGGGACACAACUACGACUUCCUGGAGCGUCUGCGAGGGUUCUCGAGAAAUCAGCCGCGGAGGGGUCUGUGGGAGCGGAACGAGCGCUACUACAUUCCCGACUUUCACGGUUCAUACACGGAUUUCCGCGACUACGUCGAGCAGCAAACCCACGGUUCGCAGGUUUGGGGGCCGCCCAAGGUCCCUUUCAUCAACCCUGUUGGACCCGAACCGCCAACCAAGAACCCUGGAGACGAUCCGUUUGCCUGGGGGGUCGGUGAGGAGGCAGACCUCAUUACACUGGGCCCCAUCUUCAACCCGGUCAACAGCAGUUGGAUCUUUGCGGAUCACAUCUGGGGUUACAGGGACGAACAGCACCCGGCGACAUCGCUCCCUCGGCGGUGUACGAUUGUAACGCAGUCUCGCAUUUCGAAGCGCCUCCUGGAUAUCAUGCACGUCGAGAACCUCCGCGGAAAUCACAUUGCUUCAGAGAUGACGCCGCAGACAGUCGCCCUCCUUCACGGCCUGAAGGCCGUCUUCGCACCUCACCCCACAUGGUUUGAUCGACCUUGGAACGGCACGUUCCUCAACAACUGGUUCAACCCAGGACCGAACGGUGAGAGCGGCGGUCUAGGUAGUGCGAUGGGGUAUGGCAGGGAGCGGAGGUAUCAAGGCAUCACGUGGUAUUAUCGAGCGGAACCUCCGUCAAGGUUGUACAACAACUGGAUGGGAUACAUCGAUACCGACAUCGGGGGACAUGAUUGGGAGAUGACCAACGGCCGGCCUUGCUUGCCACCGAUGAUUCUACAUCCUAUCAAAGACGUCAACCCCACAGGCCCAGGCUUUGCUACCAAGUUUGAGCUCUUUUACGGGUGA